AAUAUUUAUUUUAAAACGAUAAUUGUCUAUAGGUUAAUAUGUAACGACCGUCCAUUGUAGUACGUUAUCGUUCGUUAAUCAUAGUCUAAUGUCUAUUUUUUAUAUCUUGUUUUGCAUCGUAUUGUAUAUUGUAUUUAUUAUUUUUGUAAUCAACUAUCAGAUUUAAUUAUGGUUGAAUACACUAACUGGAAAUUAUUACAAUAAUCAAUGGAGCGUGAUUCCCUUCAAAUUAUUAACCCAUUAUAAAUUAUUGUUCUACAAUUCCGUCCGUGAACGCAUUUGUUGUUCGUGAACACGGUUGUAGCAAGCUGCGUUCAAUACGAAAAAUGAACAAUUAUAGCGUGCAUCACUUCCUAUCUGUUCAUCUCGACGUACCGUUUUUCCGAAUUUUUGUAUGUUUGAACAAGAUUGACAUUAAAUUCGACUUCAUUUCCGAUUGACACUGUAAUUCCAUGGAUAGCUUAAACACUUACAGAAAGAUAGAAAGACUAUCUUCAAGAAUGGAUGUCAAGGCUAGUGUUUUUAAUGAUGCAAAAAGUAUCGAGUACCUACAAAAAAAUUGUGGGAUGAAAUUGAACAAGGCUUUCAAAACAGAUGGAAUUUUCUUAGAUGUAUCAGAGCAAUGGAUGGGAAACACAUACCUACUCAUUAAAACACCACCUAAAAUUGGAUCAUAGUUCUACAACUAUAAGCGCAGACUGUUAACGUCAACGGACGAACGGCAUAAUAAUAUUCCAUAUCACAUGAAACGCAGUCACAUACCGAUUCUAAACAAUGGUUGAUAUAUUGAACAUAGAAAACAUCAUAUCGAGAUUGUUGAAAGUGCGUGGUGAUAUAUCCGAAAAUAAUGUGGAACUAUCCGAAGAUGAAAUCCAUGGUCUGUGCAUGAAAUCCAGAGAAAUAUUUUUGUCACAGCCUAUACUUUUGGAACUCGAAGUGCCGUUAAAAAUAUGUGGGGAUAUUCAUGGUCAAUACUCUGAUUUACUACGAUUAUUUGAGUAUGGAAAUUUUCCUCCUGAAUCGAAUUAUUUGUUUUUGGGUGAUUAUGUGGAUCGUGGUAAACAGUCGUUAGAGACAAUAUGCUUGUUAUUGGCAUACAAAAUUAAAUAUCCUGAAAAUGUUUUUCUCUUACGUGGUAAUCAUGAAUGCGCUAGUAUAAACAGAGUAUAUGGAUUUUAUGAUGAAUGCAAGCGUCGAUAUAAUACUAAGUUGUGGAGAAUAUUUACGGAUUGUUUUAACUGUUUGCCAGUGGCAGCAAUAAUAGAAGAAAAAAUUUUCUGUUGUCAUGGUGGUCUAAGUCCUGAUUUACAAUCAAUUGAACAAAUCAGGCGAAUUGUGAGGCCUAUAGAUGUACCUGAACAAGGUUUAUUAUGUGAUUUACUGUGGUCUGAUCCCGAUAAAGAUACAAGAGGCUGGGUCAAAAAUGAUGAUAGAGGUGUAUCAUAUAAAUUUGGCACUGAGAUUGUAUCUAAAUUUUUACAUAAACAUGAUUUCGAUCUUAUAUGCAGAGCUCACCAGGUUGUUGAAGAUGGUUACGAGUUCUUUGCUAAGCGGCAGUUAGUCACAUUAUUUUCAGCUCCAAAUUACUGUGGGGAGUUUGAUAAUGCUGGAGCAAUAAUGUCUGUUAAUAAAAAAUUAAUAUGCUCAUUUCAGAUCUUAAAGCCCGCCGACAGACGAAAGUAUGUUUAUGGAGGAUUAUUAUCUGGAAGACCAGUUACACCACCUAGAGAAUCAAAGAGCAAGAAAAAAAUAAAAUAAAAUAAGCCAAUUUGAUAUAUUAUAAACCUAGGUACACAAUAAUAAAGUU